AUGGCUAAAUUAUUUGACAAGGUUAUGGACUUGAGUCCUGCGAAAACUACGUGGAAAAUUAAGGUCAAGAUAAUUCGUCUGUGGAGACAAUACUCCGCAGGCGAUAUUGACAGUAUUGAGAUGGGGGAUACGAUUCAUGCAACUGUUAAUGAGGAUGUGGUUCCGAUCUUUGAAUCUUUCCUCGAAGAAGGUGAUUCGAAGAUAUUCAUCAAUUUUUCGCUUUCUCAAGCAUGUGGCUCCUAUCGAUUAACCAAGCAUCCUUACAAAAUUUGGUUCCAAGCCACCACUCGGAUUCGACUUUGUGACGAUUUGCCAUACAGAUUGACUGGUUUUACCCAUGUUAAUUUUCGUGAAAUCUUAGACGGAACUCUCAGCCCUGAAUACUUGAUCGAUAUUAUGGGUCAGAUAGUAGAGGUAACUCAUGUUGAAAUUGUAUCUCUUAAUGGGAAGGAUACGGAAAAGAUUUCAUUGCUCUUAAAAAAUGAAGAAGAUGUUAGGAUUCCAUUGGUUGUAUGGGGAAAGGUUGCACUAGAUCUAAGCGAAGCAAUUCAACUUCUUUCUGAUCGAACUCUUAUUUGUGUUAUGAAGUUUGUGAAGCUCAAAGUAUGGAAAGAAGUUGAAGCUUUUGCAAAAUUGUUACCAAAGGAAAAUAUAUCUUUGGCAAUUGUGAAGUCUAAACCACUUUCCAUGGUGUCAAUGAUGUCAGAGGAAGAAGACUACUUCGUGAAAACGCCACAGAAAACAAUAUCUGAUAUUUUGGAGACGAGAAAGGUUGAGAGGUGUUACGUGAGGUGCACUAUAGCUGCAAUUGAUAAUGAUAUGGGUUGGUACUAUAUUAGUUGCAAAGUGUGUGGUACAAAAGUAGAUAUGUUGCAUAAUAACGUUCACCCCGGAGGAACCUAUGAACUGGAUGUUCGUUGUAUGCUCUACUGUACUAAGUGCAAAAUGCUUAAUCCUAAGCUCAAGCUAAGGUACAAGUUGCAUUUGGUAGUACUAGAUAAUACAGGCCACACCAAGUUGCAGGGCCGAGCCUGA